CUUGACAGAAAAAAAUGUUUAGAAAAUCAAACUAAAAACUUCAUUAUUAUACAUUACUACAAUGGAAAGUGCUGAUUCCGAUUCCGAUGAUGGAAACGUUUCAAAACUAACCUGGAAUAAGCUGCAAAAUGCAUGCCAUUCGCAAGGUUAUCUCGAAGGUCUUACUGAGGGAAAAGAGCGAAAAUUACAAGAGGGUUUCGACCAAGGCUAUUUAGCUGGAUUUCAACAAAGUCAGCGUUUGGCAGAAAUUAAAGGAUUUUUGAGUGCCAUCAUGCUCAAGAACAGCAGUGAUGUACAGCUGAGUGAAAAAUUUAAAACAGCUAUCACAGAAAUCAACCAUAACAGCAACUAGGAUGGUUUGAACACGAACAUGAUUUCAAGUGGAUUUUUCAUAAAUAAAGUAUCAUCGUGUGAUGCAGUUUUAAGUUCUUACCAAUAUUUGGUUGCUGGUCUGAUAUUCUGUUGAAAAUGGAUCAAUAUAUGAAUUAAAUUGUCCUUACCCCUUUUAGUUUCCAUCAAGAUUCAACAGCUUCACGUGCAGACCACUGCAAUUUUCGCGACUUCCAUAUUAAACAUGCCUACAAUUUUAACCUUUUUUUUUAUGAAGCUGGCAAUUUAUUUUGUUCAAUUAAGAAGGGGAGGGAAAGAUUAAUUGGACAGAACACCUUUUCGUAUUGGAAAACAUUUACCCUAUUAGUUGGCAAUCAUAGGGCCCAUAUCGCUUGUUUGUUCACAAAAAAUUAAUCACUGAGCGAGGCAGACAAUAAAAAAAAAAAAAAAAAAAAA